AUGACUGAUAGAGUCAUACAUCGAGUACCACUUGAUGAUUUGCACUUGGAGACGCAACAGUUCAAUUCAAAAGAUGACAUUAAACCUUGGCUACAAGGUGCCCUACGUCAUAAUAAAGGAAUCGAUAUUGUUAUAGAAAGAUCUGAUACAACAAAGAUCAUAUUUAGAUGCAAAAAUAAUGUUAAUGAAAAGAGAAUUGUCAAAUCAAAAAGAAGUGAUACUAAAAUCCCCAUACGAAAGCACACAACAUGUCCAUUUAAAGUUCGAGCCAACUACAGUGUCAGAAAUAAGGUAUGGACACUACUGUUGGUCAGUGAUGAACACGACCACCCCGUUGAUAAACUAUCAUUAAAUGACAUGGAACAUCAGAAACCUGGUAAAAUUGUCAAGAAUUCUUCAGGUAUAAAGUUAUCAUCUGUAUCAUCAUCUUCAGGUCCAAUGGAACUAGCGACAAGUGAAUCCAUCUCACCGGCGGCCUCUUUUGUAAAUAAUAGAGAGAAUCCAAAACCAUCAAGUCCCACAAAUAGGAAAACUAAGUCACGUGGUUCCAAAAGUUCAGUUUCAUCAAGUGCAAGAAGUUCCCAACGAAAUUCAACAACAGGUCUUCUAUCGCAGAAUAGUUCUGCUGCUACAAGUAUGGAUGAUUUUAGAAAAUUAGCUUCCCAUGAUCAACAAGACCCUCCACCUUCAUUAGCAUUGACAAGUUCCAAUUCUUUCCAUGGAAUCAAUAUUCAUCAACCAUCCGAUUCCCCAUCUGCGGCAUCAUCUAAACGAAGAAAAUCAGUGCCAAGUGCGUUUCCUAAAGUUCGAAAAUUAAAAGAUAAUUUUAGUACUAUAUCCCCAAUUCAAGAAGAUAUUAAUGUGAAUCAUGGUUUUGUUGUCCCUGGGUUGGAAUUACAACAAUUGCAAUCAAUACAUCCACUGUUACCACAACCCCACUCGCGACUGGAACAACUUGAGCAACUUGAGCAACCUUUGCAACAGUCUAAACAAACGCGGCAGACAAGGCAAUCACGUCAAAACCAACGACAAAGAAAUAUUAAUCAAGUACAGCUGCCGUCCAAUAAGCUGUCUUCACAACAGCAACUUCAGUUGCAUCAAUUGGACAAUGAUCAGCUGCAACACCGCCACCAGCAGCACCAUCAGCACCAAAACCACAACCACAACCAUCAUCAGCAGUCAGAGGGACAACUUCUACAAAACCAAGAACAAAGACAACAUGUAAGAACUUCGGAACAAUUCCUGAUGGUUCAUAUACUUCAGAAUUUACAAAAUUUUGUCCGAGAAAAGGUUAAGGAAGAAAUUUUGGACAAUAAAAACAUACAAGAAAAUAUGAAAACUGAUAUGAUUGAUUCAUUCGUCUCUCAAGUUAUACUAGAUUAUAAAAAUUUAUUGAGUCCACUGUUUUUAUAUUCCUUGAAACAGAAUGUUUAUGAAAAAAGAAAUUCAUCUGAUCCCACAUCUGAUAUUGUUCAAAAUGAUCCUGAUCAUCAACAACAACAGCAGCAGCAGCAACAUCAUCAUCAACAACAACAACAACAAGCACCACAAUUUACCCCAUUAAGAAAAUCAAAUGCUGCUGCACAAAAUUGGUUGCCUUCUUCAACAACUGGGGUUAGUGGAUUGAUUCGAUUGUCUCCUUUACUUAAUGAUAACGAUAAUACUGAAUAUGUGGUUGGUGGCAAUCCAAACAAUCAAAAUGCUGCUGCUGCAGGUCAAAAUUCAUCAUUGGAUAGUUUAACUCAUUUGCCUGGUAUAACACCAAAUACAUUGAAUUAUUUAAUGCAAUUACCACCACCAUCUACUAAUUCAUUGAUUCUUACUAGCACAUCAGGUAGUUCGUCUAAUCAACAAUUUAAUCAAACCCAACCACAUCCACUGAUGCCACCAUUACAAAAUCCAGGUCAACAAUUGCCUCCUUUGAAUACUCUCCAGAAAUUACCACCACAAGGUAAUGUAAAUAAUAGUAAUCAAGGCACAUUACCACCUCCAUUGAAUAAUGUUAGUAAUUCAACAUUGAAUCCUUCUUCACUUUUAAAAUCUACAAAAAAUGAUGGUAAUUCAGGUAAUAAUAACAAUCCUGGUAAUACCUCCAAUAGUAAUGUUAAUAGUGGUACAAAUAUUAAUUCUGGUAGUAAUAGUGUAUUUAACAGUUAUUUUGUAAAUCCUACAGGGUCCAAUUCUGGAUUUAUGUUUAAUAACACUACAUCUAAUAUUUCAUCCAAUUCAAAUGUUUCAAAAGAUGGUAAUGGAAAUAACAAUGCAAACAAUAUGUUAAAUAACAUGUCAAAUUAUGAUUCAGGAUGGUAA